AUGGCAGACAAUGAUGGGGAUCUGUCGAAUGUCAAUCCGGAGCUUUUGAGGCUCUGUGCCAACCCGGAGGACUGGCGCGAGCAGCGGCGUCGCGCCAUGAAAGCAAAAAUCUUUGGCAACGGUGCUCAAGUGGACUCCUCGGCUGCAGCGGAGACAUACCUGCCGAUGGACAGAACUGCUGGUCCGUCACCGUCAUCCGCCCCGCAGCUAUCUGUUUCCACGUACGCAGGCCAACAAGCUCCGGUGUCGAAGCAGGCGGCGGAGUCGUACAUCCUUCAGCAGCUCCUGUCGCACAAACGUCACCGCGAGGAGACGAACACCCAGCAGGCAAGCGCACCUGCCAGGACACCUCAGCUGCAUCCGCAGCAGCCACCCCCAACUUCGCAGGGCCAUGAACUUUCCUUGAAGGAGAAGUUGAUGCGCAAGUACAGGAGAGACUGA